AUGAAUGCUGAAAUAUUUCAAAAAUGGUUUAUUGAACUAUUAAAUAAUCUUGAAGAGCCGUGUGUCAUAAUAAUAGACAAUGCGUCAUAUCAUUCCACGUUGGUAGAAAAUUACCCCAAAAGAAAUUGGAAAAAAGCUGACGUACAAAAAUGGUUGACUGAAAAAAAUAUUGAAUUUAGUCCACUUGAAACGUUACCAGAACUUCACCAAAAAAUUAAAGCCUUAAUUCCACGCGAAAAGCAAUAUUUGCUUGACCAAAUUGCUUUAGAAAAUGGACACGAAGUAAUACGGUUACCUCCUUAUCAUUGCCAGUACAAUCCAAUCGAACUUAUAUGGGCCCAAGUUAAAAGUCAAGUAGCGAAAAACAAUAAUACGUUCAAGAUGGUGGAUAUCGAACGUCUUACCCACGAAGCGUUAGAUGCGGUAACCAAAGAGGAUUGGGAGAAGUGUGUAAGACAUGCCGAACAACUACAGGAGUUAGAUAAUCAAAAGACCAAGGUAGUCAUGUUUUUUAGAUAG